GGCAGUAGAGUUUUUAAAGGCUUUUGAUUGACAGCUGUGUUCAUAUAUGUGUCUGCAGAGAAUUUUGUUGUGGAGUCUUGUAGUUGAAACAGUCAUGUUCGCGGUUUACUUUAUUUGCGUAGCCGUUUUGCUUCAAACAGUAUAUGCUACGCCACAUUUUAAAAUUGAAGAAGUUUUUAAGCCAGAAGAAUGCGAACGCCCAAGUCGUUACGGAGACGAGGUUUUUGUUCAUUUCGUCGGGAAGAGCGCGGAUACUGGGUUGGAGUUCGAUCGCAGUCAUGCUGAUAAACCAUAUCGUUUCCAACUCGGCACAGGCGAAGUGAUCGAAGGUUUUGACGAAGGAUUAGCAAACAUGUGCCCCGGUGAAAAACGUAAGCUGACUAUACCACCGCAUAUGGCUUAUGGACAUAAAGGCGGACACUUACCGCAAAUGCCCGGAGGUACUUUGCUAUUUGAUGUUGAAAUGGUUCACGCUCAAGAGGGACCACGACAUCCCAAGGUGUUUGACAGCAUGGAUAUAGAUGGAGACAAGAAACUCUCAAAAUUUGAACUACGUGAUUACUUAAGAGCAAAAGUUGAUGAAGCGGAUGCAAAAAAGAUGACGCCACAGGAAGAAGUGGAUUUAGUGAAUGAAAUUCUUGCGUUCGAAGACAUCGAUAAAGAUGGCUUCAUUUCAAAGCAUGAAUUUAGUGGGAGUAAACAUGAAGAAUUAUAAUAUUUAUUUUAAGUUUUUUAGAAGAAAUUAAAUGUGGAUUUUAUUGGCACAAGUCAAUAUAAUAUCUUCCAUGACGUCAUUGCAAAAAAGAGAUAAAAUUGUUUGGUGCUUUUUAUUUUAAUAUUUCUGUAUCAAACUAGAUGUUUGGGUAAUGGGCCAACCCUGGUUCAUGGUGUGCUUUACUGUAUGACCCCACCCAUAUAAAAUAGAAUAUAAAACCGUUGUCUUCAUUUUGAAUGUCUGUAUUUGUAUUCAUAUAUUUGCAUAAACGAUACACUGAGCUGCCAUAUAUGUUACAGCAUAAACCUUCCAGUAUUAAGUUACCCCCACUUCCAAAGUGCUGCUUCCAUCUUCAUGCCUUGCUAUGUUACCUGUAAUAUCUUUGUAUGAUGUUUUCGCCACUCAUUUUGUUACCCCGACUUUGGUACUUUUUGCAUGCUUGACGGAAGAUGCUUUUCAUACAUUCAAUGCAGUAUGUAAUGUGUUAAAACAAUUUCCUAAAUGUAAUAAAUCUCGUUUGGCACAUUUUUUGUGCACUAUCGUUGUUUAGCCUGAUAAAGAUGAUCUGUAAAGGCCAUUGAAACAUCUAUACACAAAAUAAAUUUGCCGUAAGAGCUUUUUAAAUAAGUAUAUACCAUGCGUUAGUGUUAGAUUAAACAAUACUUUUGUAUCUUAGGUUCAAAACUUUGAUUUUAAAUCCUUAUAUAUUACCCUUAAUGCACUGCUAUGCUAUAUCUUCAAAAUAUUUGUUAUAAACUUCUAACUGUCCUAUAUUUUGAAAUGCAAUUAACACCAUUUUGCUUUAUUUA